ACCGGAUAUAAGACCCAGUGUUGCGAGGAAAGAUUGUAAACAAACAGGCGACAAAUUGGCCGAUAGCACAUCCUCCAUCCGUUAUUAUUUGCCUUUUGAGAGAUUUUAAAGGACGUUUUAUCCUGUCAGGGGGUAAAUACAGCCAAAAUGACCUUCAGAGCUCAUGCCCUAAGCUUCCUAGAUACGGCAUUAAGAGUACCACCGCUUUUUGUCAUGGAUGAAGUGUUAAAGUGCUGUUUCGGGUUUUCGAGAGCAAUUCAUGUCAGCUAUGCGAACAUCCUAAGUGACCAGAACCCCUUCCUCAAUGAUGAGGGCUUCGGCGAACUCGACACUGAAGACAUGAAGGCCUGGCAGGUUGAGAAUGACACAGCCUCCAUGCUAGAGGCCGUCGAUGAAGGUGGAGGGGAUGGUGGCGAUGAAUCCAUGUUCUCAUCAUUUGCCCCAGCCAUUGCCAAAGUGUUGAUGUUCAAGUUGGUGUAUACUGCAGCGACCAUCACAUUCUUACUAAGCUCUCAGCGCUUGAUAAAAGUGUACUUGGUGGUUGCAAGCAUAGCGGUGAUUCUCACUGGCUACCAAGGCAACAUGGCAGUUGUGCGGCACUUAACAACUUCGCCACAGUCCACCAAGCCACCAGUCUUGAUGAGCGCGCUGUCCCUUAACACCACAGCCCUUUGGGACAGUGGGGGGACGCUCUCUGCUCUGACAGUCAAUUAUGUUUUACAGAGUUCCCUGGGCUAUCUGUUUACUGCCCUCUGCUCGGGCCCCCAACAUCCCUUCCUGCACAAGCUCAUUAUUGUGUCAUUUCUCUUGCCCACACUGUCUAUGCUUCUCUCCCUCCCUAGUCAAGUCCUGUCCACAGUUCCAGUGGUGGCAGCACUCCUCCCUCUGGCAGUGGUCAAGUACACUGUUGCCACAAACCUCCUCAAGUGCUUCCAAGUGGUGGUAGAAGGGUAUCAGUAUGCCCGAAGGGUCAUGAGGGACUUUGGCCUCCACUCACUCCUUGAGUCAGAGUGGGUCAGGCUAAAUGUCCCCAAUGUAUUAAGGACAUUUUGGAUGAUUCGCGUGGCUCACCACUUGGUCACACUCUUGGGGGAGUUCAUGUAUGUCCACGGAGAAUACCAGUCUCUCUGGGCUUUGGAUAUGCCGGCUGUUUAUGUUAUCUUCAAAGCAGUCAUGACACAGGGCUGCGAAACUGCUGUGGCUCUCCUGGGUAUGACUAGCAUAGUGUCAUAUGUAAGCCAUUAUGUUGGUGUGGUGUUCCAGAUGAUUCUUCUGACUGUUGAAGAUGAUGAAAGGAGCAUGGGCACUGUGUGUGCUAUCUUGUUCUUUAUUCUGGCUGAACAGAGUGGCUUGACAGUAAUGGAAGGUGAGAAGAGAUUCAUUCGCCUCUGCAGAAACUUUUGUCUGCUCUUCACAGCCAUGUUGCACUUCAUUCACAACAUGGUCAACCCAGUGCUGAUGUCCCUCAGUGCUUCCCGCAACCCUGCCUUGUACCGCCAUGUUCGUGCCCUUGUUGUAUGCUCCAUGCUGAUCUUCUUCCCUGUGGUUCUACUGUUCGUCUUGUGGUCAUUCUACCCUCUCUCGACGUGGCUGCUGGCUGUCUCUGCCUUCUCCAUUCAGGUUAUUGUGAAGACUCUGGUCUCGCUGCUCAUUUAUGCCUUGUUCCUUGUAGAUGCCUACCGUAGUACUUUCUGGGAGAAGCUAGAUGAUUAUGUUUACUACAUCCGGGCUUUUGGUAACAGUGUAGAGUUUGUAUUUGGAAUCCUCCUGUUCUUCAAUGGUGCUUGGAUAUAUGUGUUUGAGUCUGGAGGUUCAAUUCGUGCCUUCAUGAUGUGCAUCCAUGCAUACUUCAACAUAUGGUGCGAAGCAAGAAAUGGCUGGACUGUUUUCAUGAAGCGUCGCACAGCUGUCAACAAGAUCAACUCUCUACCAGAGGCUACACAGGAGCAGCUAGAGAAUCAUGAUGAUGUCUGUGCAAUAUGCUUCCAGGGGUUGCACAGUGCUAAGAUAACCAAGUGCAAUCACUACUUCCAUAGUGUCUGUCUACGGAAAUGGUUGUAUGUGCAGGAUUCCUGUCCUUUGUGUCAUGAGACAUUGUAUAGAACCGAAGAGAAGGAUGGCUUAAGAGGGGAAGGGGAAGGAGAGGGGAACCAAGGGGGAAAUGAGGAGACAGAAAGGGCCCAAGAGCAGGAUAUCCAUGGGCACCAGCGUGAAGAAAAUGUCGACAAUGAGGAACUACCUGUAUGGGGUGAGCGUGAAAUUGAUGUUAUAUUGGGGGAAAAUAUGAAUGGUGGAAACAGGGAGGUUGUGAUAGAUAAUGAGGUGGGAGAGGCUGUUAUCUCCCUCCCUGUGGCAAGGCCCUGCCAGAACCAACAGGAAGGGGAAAGCAACCAGAAUCUGCAAAACCCAGUGGAAGAUCGUGAGGGUGUUCAGGAGGAGGAGGGCAUAGGGAGGGUUAAUAAUCCCAACGAAAAUAACCAAAUAUUUGUGAUUAGAUCACGUAGAAGUCCAGUGGUUGAUCAGGACAUAGGACAACAGUGACAAAUAGUAGUGUGAAUUAGAGGUAGCAUUAUUCAAAUGUGGUUGUAAUAUGUACCAUGUACUGUAAUAAGUGUACUCUUCUCUAUGAGGAGAGAAAAAUAUUGUGUUGCACAUUACACUGCAUGCAUGGAACUUUAUAAUGAAGCAUGCAUUUGUGAAAUAGCAUGGAACUAAAGCAACUUAUGUGAAGCAAUAGUCAUUAAUUUACUCUCUGUGUACUAUCUGAAAUACUGGUGCAAGGGUUGCAAAUAUUGCUUGAUUUGCUUAGGAAUGUAUAUGCCAGAUACAAAAUAUAACUACUGAUGAUUGGUGAA